GGCGGCGCAGACUCACCGACUUAACGCUCAUAAGAAGAAGAAGAAAGAAACGCCUGUCACAUUUCUACGAGCAAACAAAAAUGUCGAUAUUUACACCCACAAAUCAGAUUCGCCUGACAAACGUGGCGGUCGUGAGGAUGAAAAAGGGAGGGAAACGAUUUGAAAUAGCGUGUUACAAAAAUAAAGUGAUGAGUUGGAGAUCGGGAGCAGAGAAAGAUCUGGAUGAAGUUCUCCAGACACACACAGUGUUUAUAAACGUGUCAAAGGGCCAAGUGGCGAAAAAGGACGAUCUGUCAAAAGCGUUUGGAACAGAUGACUUAACAGAAAUAUGCAAACAGAUUUUAGCCAAAGGAGAACUUCAGGUGUCUGAUAAGGAGCGACAGAAUCAGCUAGAGCAGAUGUUCCGGGACAUUGCUACAAUUGUGGCUGAGAAAUGCGUAAAUCCAGAAACCAAGCGCCCUUAUACAGUGAGCCUGAUAGAAAGAGCCAUGAAGGACAUUCACUACUCUGUCAAAGCCACUAAGAGCACAAAACAGCAGGCACUUGAAGUGAUCAAACAGUUGAAGGAAUCCAUCCAGAUUCAGAGAGCUCACAUGCGCCUCCGCUUCAUCCUGCCAGCUAAAGACGGGAAGAGGCUGAAAGAGAAGCUUAAACCCCUCUUAAAGGUGGUGGAGAGUGAAGACUUCGAUGAUCAGCUGGAGAUGGUUUGCUUGAUAGAUCCGGGCUGCUUUCGGGAAAUCGAUGAGCUGAUUCGCUGCGAGACAAAAGGCAAAGGGUCGGUGGAGGUGCUCAGCCUGAAAGAUGUGGAAGAAGGCGAUGAGAAACUCGAAUAACCCGUCUUGUACCUGCCUCCACACGCCACCUGCCACACUAACUACUUCCACAUUAAAUUAUUUCUCUCUUUUAUGUAUCAAAGACUGUAUAAGUUGAUGUAUAUUACAGGGAACUGGAUUUAAUGAAGCCUUAAACAGCAUUUGUUGAAGUUUCUAGCUUGUGACACAGCCUUUUUUUUUUUUUUAAUGGACCAGUAAUUAUAAUAGUUUAGGCAUAUUUACUGUUUGAGGUUUCAGUAAAUCUUCCCAAACGAUUUAUCCAUGACUCCUAAAUAAUAGUGAGCAAAUUAUUAAUCUAACUCAAAUCACAACUAAGGGGUUUGUUUUCUGUGAAAAUUGAAGUGAUUUGUAUGACUGCAAGACAGGCAACCAAUUGAUUUAUUAAAAUAAAUACAAGUAUACAUGCAAUGUGCAUCAUAGGAAAACAUAGAAAUACAUAGAUCCCGAAGAGAGAAGUUUUCCCUGCCCCUUCCACCUCAUGCCAUGCCACUGUCUUGACUUAAAGGUGCAGUUUGUAAUAUUUAAAAUUGUUUGUAAUACUCAUAUCAUGUCCAAGAUUCCCCCCCAAAAAUUUGUCAUGUGGUGAAUCUGGCAAGUUUCUUCAUUUCAGGCUUCUGUUUACAUUUUUAUGGCACAGAAAUUAGCCCUUUAUUUUUCGAAAGGCAAGGAGACAUGCAAAGGUUUAACAAUUGAUACGAGGUCAGUUGGGAAGAACGGGAAAGCUUCCGGCUUGCAGUUCUCAUCACAACCAGCAGAGGGCUCUAAAUAUUACAACCCGCUCCUUUAAGAUUUUUCCCUGCACCCAUCUAACCCUUUCAGCGUCCACUUAGUCUAGUUUGCCUUCUCAGAUUUGUGCCAUAUAUCUGACUUACAACAAAGCUUAUCCAAAAUCAGGAUACCAGUGUACAAAAAAAGUGCAAAUAAAAAUGAAUGUAAAUCA